UGCAACCAUGAUCAUGUUAUUUUUGCCGUAGCAAGGCAAACUCGCAUCAUUUGCGGUCCGAGUACGGCACCAUAAAAGACGAGCUAUAGUUUCUAGGGUUUUAACUUUUAAGAGUUGCAGAGGUCCUUUUAAUGCUCGUUUUUGAAAGUGCUUUGACUGUUUAUUGAACCAAUCUGAUGUUAGCUCAGUAUAAGUUUACCUGAGUUGUUGCAUGAGCUGAAAUUAUAUUAGAAGUUGGCCAUUGUGUUUGCUGUUUAAUCUUCGCAUUUGGUCCGUUUAUUGAACCAAUCUGAUGUUAGCUCAGUAUAAGUUUAUCUGAGUUGUUGCAUGAGCUGAAAUUAUAUUAGAAGUUGGCCAUGGUGUUUCCUGUUUAAUCUUCGCAUUUGGUCCGUUCAAAUGAUUCCUUAUUCCUUAUCGAGUUCUCGUUUCUUUUCUGCUUUUGAACUGUACAUUUCUGUUGGUGGAGGCUCCCUUUCUUGUGGAGUUGUUAUCUAGUCUUUGAAUGUGUGCUUAUUUGCUUGUUUUGUAGGGUUCUAAUGGUGGUUGAUCUAAAUGUAACGCAUGCUUUGCUAUAACCUUUUUUUUUUUCUUUAAUCUCGCUUGCAUUUUGUGGUACAAUUUUUGUGUAUUUACGUGUUGUGUGGUUUCUCUCAACCUACAUGAUUCUUAUUUUUAGGGUUUAGCAUCUUUUGCUUCAGUGAAGCUGUUGUGAGUUCUUUACAUAUGUAAGUCGCUAUCUCUCGUGUCCAUUGAAAGCAAUAAUGAGCAAGAAGUUUGCAUCCACCGAGAAAAUUAAGACCUCACAUUAUAGUUAGAAAAGCUAAAAAGAAAUAUAUGUACUUGCACUUGCCAUUAACAAGGAUACAAAAGACAAUCUAGAGCAACAAGGGGGAAGGUGAGCAUAGAAUCCUAGGUUCUAUUUGCUUGUUACUUACUUUCAUGCAAUGUUUUAAAAACUGACCCGGAGGCCGAACCAUUUUUGCCUCCAGGUCAUGGGUCACCGGUUCGACCAUUCGGGUGGAACGGGUCAUACCGUCCUACAUGUAUUUAAGUUUUGAGGAAUUCCAGAAAGGGGAGUUCAGGACUUAAGGGAUGGAUGGUAGCAGUGACAGUGAAUGGAGCAAUAACUCUGAAUGGGAGAUUGAAGAUGAAUUGGAAAUUCAGAAUUUUCCAUCUUUUCCAACUUUGACAGUUCCUGCUCAAGUUCUUGCAGUCUGUGGGAAGAGUACACCUGAAGGCUCUUCAUACUCAAAUUUGAUUUCUCACUUUGUUGGAAUGGGCUUCCAGAAAAACAUGGUGGCUAAAGCAAUUGAGGAAAAUGGGGAGAGAAAUGCAGAAGCAAUUCUUGAAACACUCCUUACACACUCGGUUCUUGAGAAAUCCCCUCCAGACUACGAAAUUAUUCCAUCAGACACAAGUUAUUUAGAAAGGAAACAAGAUACUCUUGAUGAAUACUCCAAUAUAGACAGCAGUCCUGGAAACGAGGAAAGAACUGAUAAAUCAUCUGACAAUGAGAAGAAAUUGCUGUUCUUAGUUGAGAUGGGCUUUUCAUUGGAUGAGGCUUCAUCUGCUAUGGCUAAUUGUGGUCCAGGUACAUCAAUUGUGGAGUUGAUGGACUUUAUAUAUUCUGGACGAAUGGAGAAGACAGCUAGUAGUUCACUGAGCACACCACAACCAACUUCAGAUGAAGAUGAGCUUGGCCCCAAUCACUCCCACAGUGGUCCUGCAGAUAAAAAGAGAAAGUGCUUUGAACACGAGGACAGGUGGAAAAGAAAAUAUGAUUCAUGGCGAAUGAAUCAAAAAGAAUCAAGGAAGAAACAAAAGAAACUUUUUGAAAAUGAAGAUGAUGAGACAGUUCAUACAUCAAAACACAUGGUAGGAUUUGGAGUCCCUAAUGGACCUAAGCCCAUAUUCCAGGAUAGAACAAUUCCCCCAGCAGCUGUUGGGCGUCCCUACUUCUACUAUGAAAAUGUGGCUAUUGCUCCUAAAGGGGUAUGGAGUACCAUCUCCCGCUUCUUAUAUGAUAUCGAGCCCGAGUUUGUGGACUCCAUGUAUUUCUGUGCAGCUGCAAGGAAAAGAGGUUAUAUUCAUAAUCUCCCAAUCCAUGGUAGAUUUCCUCUCCAACCAAUUCCACCACUUGCAAUCCAAGAAGCAUUUCCUUUGUCCAAGAAAUGGUGGCCGUCUUGGGACAAAAGAACAAAACUCAACUGUCUCAACACUUGCACAGCCAGUGCAAAAUUGACAGAGAGGAUUCGGUGUGCCCUUGAAAUGUGGGAUGAGGAGCCGCCUCUAAAGACUCAAAAAUAUGUUCUUUAUGAAUGUAAAAAAUGGAAUUUAGUUUGGGUUGGCAGAAAUAAGGCUGCUCCACUUGAGCCUGAUGAAAUAGAGAUGUUGCUAGGGUACCCAAAGAACCAUACUAGGGGAGGUGGAACCAGUAGGACGGAGAGAUUUAGGGCACUUGGUAAUUCAUUUCAGGUUGACACUGUGGCCUUCCAUCUCUCGGUUUUGAAGAAUAUGUUCCCAAAUGGCAUUUCAGUACUUUCUCUCUUCUCUGGUAUUGGGGGUGCUGAAGUUGCUCUGCAUCGACUGGGUAUUCCCUUGAAAAAUGUAGUUUCCAUAGAGAUUUCAGAAAUUAACAGAAAUAUCCUUCGAAGCUGGUGGGAUCAGACAAACCAGAAAGGAAAUCUGAUCCACAUUGCCGAUGUUCAGCGGCUGACGAUUCAUAAGUUGGAACAGUUUAUUAACUCAUUUGGUGGAUUUGAUCUUAUUAUUGGUGGGAGCCCGUGUAAUAAUCUUACAGGCAGCAACAGAGUAAGCAGGCAUGGACUUGACGGAAAAGACUCAGGUCUGUUCUAUGACUACUUUCGCAUUCUAGAUAUUGUCAAGACAAUUAUGAUAGGGUAAAAAUUCAUGAUUCUGCAAGGACAAAAAAUCUGAAAGGGCAACAACCAACAAUGCUAUGCUACAAAAUGUUAGAAUUUGUUUUUUGUUUUUUUCUGUUGUUCCAGACCUCUUUCUGGACUUGCUAUGACAUUUAGAAAUAGUAUGUAUGGAUCUGCAUGGUAACAUGUCCAGUGAACCUAUAUUAUAAACAUUACCUUGUUUGCUA